CUGGAAAUGGAGGCGGUGAAAGUUCAAACUGGUCAAAAGAUUCCAUGUUGAAUGCUGUGUCAAUGGCCUCAAACUCUGUUCCUUCCUCUAUUAUGGGACCAAAUGGUACACAAGCCGGAGAUCUUAAAAGUUUAGUCAUGUCAAGCUCUUCAGGAGUAACUGGAGGAGUUAUGACAGCUCCAAGCCAAACAACAGUUAACAGUAUGGACUUGAAUGACAUUAAUAAUCUUGUUCCUGAAUUUGAGCCUGGUAAACCAUGGAAAGGUGUAUCUGGUAUGAAAAUUGAAGAUGAUCCUCAUAUAACUCCCGGUAGUGUGACCCGAUCUCCCCUUUCAGUGAACACAAUCCGAGAUCCAGCAAUAUUAACCGGUUUGUACAACAAUUGGUCAGCCAAAGGUGCGAGUCCAAAUACAUUGAAUAAUGAAAUGUUGGCUCCAUCAGUUGGACUAUCUUCCAAUGCCACUUGGGCUUUUAAUGCUGGUGCCAAUGCUGGUUGGGGUGCCAUUCCAAAUGAAACUCAUAAUCCCGAAACUCUGUGGAGUGGAGGUGGUGGUGGAUCUAUGACUAAGACUCGAGGUCCACCUCCAGGAAUGGGUCAAGAACGACUUGGUCCUCGUGGAGAUCAAUCAAUGGCAGGUAUCCGUCCUCAAUCAAGCACCUUUAAUAACUGGAUGAUGAAUCCUUCCAAUGAAGGAGGUGAUCAUCUCAGCAAUGGGCUUGAACCCAAAGAUCUGCUUCUUUCCCGAAUGAUGAAUAAUGGCAAUGGAGUGGGAUAUGGUAUGGGAGUCAAUAUUGGGAACAAAUGGAUGUGAUUUAAUGUUAAUUUAAAUUGACUUGGGCAACUUGUUGUUUUAACCCCAAGGGCAAACGUUACAAAGGAUUACCAAAAGAAUCUAUUGACCUCUUAAUCGAUACCGCCUUACAAUCCAGAUGCAAAAUGCAACAAACAAAAAGAUAAAAACCUACAUAUUCAAGCCAUUUAUCUUCAAAUUCAUACCCAAAUCACUCAUUACAAUAGUUAAACAUUCAAAGACAAGACAAGUCGAGUCGAAUCAAGUUUUCAGUCAAGCCUAGAUGUGGUAUAUAUAUAAACAAAAGUCAAAUCAAAUCAAGUCAAGCCAAGCCAAGCCCAAGUCUAAGUAACUUGUUCUUCGCUCAUUUUCAAUGAUGUCCAAAUCAUUACUCAUACACAGGGUAUUUAAACCCAAAAAGUACAGUGAUUGGCCCAAUCAUCUUUAAUGUUCAUUUACUUAAAACAAAAAAAAAGGAUGGCAACAUAAACAUCAAGAAAAACGAAAAAAAAAGAUUUUAAGUUGUCCUUUUAAGUACCAUGUGUAUACACCCAUCUACUUUUGGAGAUGUUGACCUUCAUCGACCUUCAUACAAAAACUAUAGCCAUAUCAGAUGAAUAUGGACUAUGAGCAUCAACGGUGAUAUUUGACUAAAGUCAUGAGAGGAUAUAUUCCUGAUGAUAGUACAUAUUCCUCACCCAUUCUCAUCUCAUCUCGUCGCCGUUGCUUUUCCGAAGUUUUGGAAAAACCUUUUUGAAUCCUCACAUAAUCCAUAUUCUCAUGCAUCACUUUCUUUGUCAACAUUUCUCUCAAUUUUUUCCUUUCCAUUUUUUUUUGUUCUCUUUAAUCCUUAUUUAACUUCAUCUCUCAAUUUGUCCUCAAUGUUUCUACUUUUUGCCUCUUUAUCUUUCCUUUCUUUUUUGCCCUUGGGAACUUUAAAAGUUAGAUGAUUUCAGACUAGUUUAUCAACAAACAAUAUUUUAUCAUCGAUGCUAACUUUAUUGACGAUUAAGCCAAAAAUGUUUCUAUUAGUGCACAUCACCAAUUUAUUCCUGCCUAACAAACAAUUAAUUAACUACUAUCCUGGCCUUGAUCUUUUUCUCAUCAACAUUAUCAUCUCUGGACCUGGUUCACUUGUUAUCCACUGGGUUGUUGCAAAUAAUCAUCUUUUCAUCUCUUCCCCAAUAUAUAUUCACAUGGUGGAGGGAUACACAUCAAAGACAAAGAAGACAAUUGAUCAACCCAAAUGGAGGAAAAGUUAAUUCACACUUGUUCAUUCUUCCUCUUUUUUCUUCAAGCAAAAUUCAUCUACUUUCUUCCUGCUCUGUGGUUCAUCAUCUUGUCUUUCAUCCAAUGUUUCUCUUCAUCAUCAUCAUCGUCAUGUUCAAUUCUCAUUGUAUUUUCAUUCUUGACAAUGAUCUUAACCUACUCACCCACCACCAAAUCUCUCUCUCUCUCUCUCUCUCUCUUCCUCUCUUACAACUUAUUUGCUUCCGCUCUUAUUCCCAUCUCUUGAUUCAUCAUCUCUUCUUCUCAGAUCACUUAGAAAUUACUUCAGAGAAAAGAAACAAAAAAAUCAAAGAAAAAUACAUUUAUAUAUAUUAACACAUCUAUAUAAAUUUAUUAAAAAAAAGAGAUGAUCAUCGAAGAAGAGGUUUUGACAAGAUGAUGAAAGAGAUUAUCUCCUCUCUUGCAAUCAAUUAAUCUACUGAGAGGCCAAACAAAUUUACUAUUAACUAGUUCAUAUCUAUUUGAAAUCGAUUGUUUUUCCUUUCCCUCACUGUCCCUUCCCUCUUCCUACCUCAUCACAAACACUCUCAUUUCGACUGUUUGUGUUUCUCUAUUACGUCUCACCAUCUUUAUGGUGUAAAAAGCUCAUGAUAAUUGCGCAACAAAGCAAAAUUAUACAAUUUAACUUCUAAAAAGCCCCUCUUGCAAAAAAAUCAGUGACGUCUAAGUGAGUGUAUAUACCAAAAAGUUUUAGCUUCCUCCUUCUCUCUCAAUAUUAACGCAUUAUAUCUCUUACUCAUCCCGUUUUAAUUUCUCAUCUCUAUGAAGGUCAAACUAACUGCUCUUUCUUUUUCGACCUGAUUCGAAAGGUUCGAAGAUAGUCCAAAAAAAAAUCACCAAAAACUAAAACAGUAACAUUUUGACUCCCCCAAAAGAAUCUAAAUUAAUCUUCAGUUAUCGUUCCAUGCAAAAUGAUGAUGAUUCUCAUCUUGUCUUGAUUUUUAAUCUGACAAUUAAUCACCAUUAUUAUUACAAUCAGUUCAACAAUUUAAUACAUUUACAUAUUGAUAACAUUGUGAAAAAAACAAAGUUGACCAUUUUUAGAUUGUAACAUUAUCAUAACUAAUCAGUCAACAAUAAACAAAAAAAUGAGCAAAACUUAUAUAUAAUGGGUGAAUCCGAACUGCGAGAUCCUCUUAUCAACUGUGAAUGGAAACAUUUAAUUACUAUUAAUAUAAUUGAAAUGUUUUCCCACUAUAUUGACCAUUGGGUCAUCGAGUGACCUGAAAAAUUUUUGGAUAAGAAAAUUUUUCUUUGCUCAAAUGUAUUUUUAUCAAUUUUCUUAGUCCAAAAUUUUCUCUGUUGAUUAGAUUGUUUUGAUUCUCGAGUUUCAGUUCACCCAAUAUAUUUGGAGAUGGUGAUUGUGUAAUUGAGUUAGUUGAACAAAACGAAACUUAACCAAAUCAACUAUUAUUAUUAAUUAUAAUUAUUACUAUUAUUUUGAGAAACUUGAAUUGUCGAAAUUGAGAUUCAAGAUUUUCUCUAAGGUGUCUGUCCAAGUCAAGACCGAAAAUCCCUCCUCCCUCUUUACAUCAUCAUUUCUCCCAAUUCUCUGUCUUUCAAACUGUUCUCUCUCAUCAUUAUCAUGCUUUACUCAAGAACAUUUAUCUCUCUCUCUCUCUCAAAUAACAAAUCAUAUAUAUUGUAUUUCAACUGUAAUUCCAAAGCCUAGUCCAAGACUCAUGACAUAUUUACCCUUAGGUCAUCAGGAAGAGUUAAUUGUUUCCAAAAGUUUCGAUAAAAUUAUCUCUUUCUGGUGAACUUUUCCCAUCUUAAAUCUCUUUGCCUGAUAAAACAAAGCAACAACAAUUAACUGUUAUAUUUAUUAAGGUGUAAUAUCAUCUUGUACUUAAAUGAAAAUUCAACUUUAAUUUAGUUAUAUACUGUUGAUAAUGCAUCUUUAUAUUAUAUACACAGUUUUAUAUAAUAUAAGGUGUAAAAAUGAUCCUUAAUAUUAAUCAUCAAUACCAAUCAAUUGAAAAUCAAUCAACCACCAAUCACAAGAUGCUUUGUCACAAUAAUUAGAGUUAAUUGUGAGACCAAAUUGUAGUUAAACAAACAAACAAACAAACAUUAUUUACAGUUAUUACACUCUAAUGGUAUCAAAAGGGUUAAAUAAGUCAAUUACAAUCUAAUGACAAAUUAAUUGAUUACCAAUGAAUCAAAUGAUUUCCUUAAUUAACUUAUUUCCAAUUACCUAGAGUGUAAUACUAAUAAUAACAAUUAACUAAUGUACUAAAUAACAUACACAUACAACUCUUAAUCACCAUUAAUCCAUCAACAACAUCUCUCUCCAUCUUUAGCUAUUCAUCUCUCUCUCUCUUUCUCUCUCAUUACAAUUAAUUAAUCAAAUUGGUUGACUAAUUACCCACCAAAAGUAUAUUCAACUCUCAAGAUUUGCUGCCGCCAAAAAAAACACCAACAAGCUUAUCACCUUCACAGCUUAUGAACCAUGCUCAUUGUCACCACCCCAGCACACACACACACCACACACCACAUACACCAUCAAAUGCUUGACCACAACAAAACCAAAUACAACUUCAAAUGGUCAUCGUUGUUUUUUCACACUCUUCACUUAUGGACACCAUUAACCACCUUAACAAUCAAUUCUCAAAACCUUCCCAAUCCUAAAAAUUUAAAACUCUUUCUAUGAAUUUUUUUUUUCGGUUCAUUAUUAUGCUUUCUCUGUGUAUCUAAUUAACCAUUUUAAAUUGUUAAUCAAUGGGAAACAAUUUGUGAUCGAUUAAUUUUCCCAUGAUUAACUUUUUUUUUGUUUCAAUCCAGAAAAUUCAACAUAUAUAUGGAUACACAUUGAACUUUUGCCUUGUCAAUUGAACACAAUAAUUAUCUUACUAUUAUUAUUAUUAUAUCUUAUUAAUUAUGAUUAAUAACAAUUUUUCCUCCUCUUCCUUUUAAUUGAUAUUUUUCAAAUAAUUGGGUGUUAAUAAUUGUAACAAUUAGAAUUAAUUUUCAUUCUGUUGGAAUCUUAUUUUGAUAGAUUUUCAAUGUAAACACAAUUUUGUUUCAUUUCUCUUAAUUAACUAAUCAUUUAUUUCUUAUGUAAACCAAUUAACAAUCAAUUCUAAUGAUAAAAUAAUUAAUUUGCUUAUAACUAAUUGUAAAAACAACAAACCAAACAAAUAACAAUCUAAAUUUGGUUGAUCAAUAAUCAAAGUCAAUUAUUUGUAUUUUUGACAACCAAUUUUAAUUUGAUUUGAUUUUGUACCAACUUUUGUUUUUCUUGAUUGUUGAUUUAAUCAUUCACUAAAUUGUUCACCUACAAAAUCAACCAUUUGUAAUUAACUUUAAUUGUAACUUGUCCUUAACCAUUGGAACCACAACACACAAUUAAUUUACAAGAGAUUCGUAUCAAACAAUUAACUCAAAAGUGAAAGUUUUAAUUUGGUUUUUCUCAAUUUGGAUUAAUCAAAUGAUCAACAACCAGAAUUAAACAUCAAGUGGGAUUAAAUCAUUAUCAUCAUCAACUAAAUUACCAAACAAUUUACUAAGCUAAUUAUCAUCAUGAAAAUCAAUCUUAUCGUAUUAACUUUGAUCACCUUCAUCGUCCUAAUCAUAAUCAACCAUCAGAACAAUUAACCAAUGGUUUUAAUCAUUUCCAAUCUCAUUUCCUAGGAAAAUGAACCAAGUAUAAAAAGCAACAAUUAACUAACUCUUUUUCCCCGUUAAUUGUUUCAAUAUUAUGUACAAGGAAUCAAGAAGAAGGAGAAACAAAUCAACCAACAAUUAAGCCUUUCUAAUUAAAUAUCUGUAUCAUUAUCAUCAACAAUUAAUUGUCUUGCAUGAAAACAUUGCUCACCCUUCACACCUUAUAAAUAUAUGAGAUAAUAACAAUUUAACUUUAACAAUUAA